GCACACACACACACACAAACGCGUAUAUAUAGACCACCACCUUAUGUCUUAUGGCAUAGAUAGAUUGAUAGAUUUCUUUCAUCAUCACCAUCAUCCAAUACGUACUACGAGUCUUACUACCUGCUGCUGUUUGUGUUUGUUUGCUGCUGCUUGCUCUGCCAUCUGCCAUGGCGGCUUCACUUCCCUUGUCAUCACCUUCCCUGUUGCUAUUUCUCUUCCUCAUAUCAUCGCCUCUCCUCCUACCAUCAUCUUCUUCUACCUCACACCAAUAUAAUGGUCAUCAUCCCCACCGCACUGCAGCUACUGCUGCUCCUCCUUUCAGGGCUGCUCUAACUCACAUCGACCAUGGCCGCAGCUUCACCAAACUAGAGCUCAUCCAAAGGUCACUCCGUCGCAGCAAACACAGGCUGGAAAGGCUCACUUCCUUGGCAACUUCGACAACCAACAGAAGCAGCAACAGCAGCUUGAAAGACCCAGUCUACGUCGGCGAUGGCGAGUUCUUGAUGAACAUGUCCAUUGGAACGCCUCCGCUCCCUUUCUCAGCCAUCUUGGACACAGGCAGUGACUUGAUUUGGACGCAGUGCAGGCCAUGCAUGAAAUGCUUCAGCCAGCCUACUCCCAUUUUCGAUCCGCUCAGUUCCUCCACUUACUCCAAUCUCUCCUGCAGCAGCCACCUCUGCAAGGACAUGAACGUUUUCAGGUGCGUCCAUGGCUGCAAAUACAUGUACUCUUACGGAGACGAGUCUUCCACAGAAGGCUUCAUGGCAACCGAUACUUUCACCUUUCUCGACACCGUAAAAAACCCAGCUUCCUUACCCAAUAUAGGGUUCGGCUGUGGGGUGAACAACCAGGGAUCAGGGCUCGCCCGGGGCUCCGGCCUGGUGGGGCUUGGCCGCGGGCCAUUGUCGCUAGUUUCGCAGCUUGGUUUACCCCGAUUCACGUAUUGCUUGCCUUCCAUAGGCGAGAACAAAACCGGUGGUGUAUCAUUCGGAGGCUUGGCGGAUUUGGAUUAUGCUUCCGGUGGAACUGCUGCAACUCAUGGCUCUACGCCAUUGAAGCAAAACCCAUUUCGGCCUUCACUCUAUUAUCUCUCCCUGGAGGGGAUUAGCGUUGGCGAAACCCUCUUGCCGGUGUCAAAAUCCGCAUUGAGGAUAAGGGAAGAUGGCAGCGGAGGGAUGAUCAUCGACUCUGGAACCACCAUAACAUACAUCCAGAAGGAUGUUUUUGAUGCGCUGAAGAGGGAGUUCACGGCACAAAUGAAACUGAAGGUGUCAUCGGAGGAUACGGGGCUUGAUCUGUGCUUCGAGUUGCCGGCGGCAGCAGCAGAGAUACAAGUGCCGAAGCUGAAGUUUCACUUGGAGGGGGAAGUGGAGUUGGAGCUGCCAGCGGCGAAUUAUAUGAUAAGGGACGAGCGGAGCGGGGUGGCGUGCUUGGCAAUGGCGGCUUCAAGCGGGAGUGGGAUGUCAAUAUUUGGGAACAUUCAGCAGCAGAAUUUCAUGGUGGUUCAUGAUCUUCACAAGAAGACUCUCUCCUUUAUUCCCACACAGUGCGACCAAUUUGCAAACAUAUGAUGUUAUUAUGCCUAUAUACUAUACUAUACUAUACUAUACUAUGCCGGCUUGAAAUAUUAUAUAGAAUAACAAAAAUUUCCUUUCCUUUCCUUUCCAUUAGCCCAAAUUAAGAGUAAUGAAUGAGCUUCGUCGCCAAAUUCAAGAGCCGCAUUCAAUCUCGUACCCAGUGAGAGCCCAACUAUGUGUUAUAUUACAAAAAAGCAUGCAUGCAUGGAAACGUCUCCCAAGGUGUCUGAACCAAGACCCACCAUUCAGCAAAACAUAGCUUAAUUGUUGCUUUAAAUUUUACGAAACCUAUUACCCAACAGAAGAAUAAAGUGAAAAAAAAGGCAAGCACAGGGUAGGUGGUAGGGCAGAGCAUAAACCUCAUAAUAAUAGCAGUUCUUCUUAGCCACCCAUGAUAACAAGAAGUCUGAAAAGGCAUCUAUCCAUCUUGUCUUGUAGUCAAGCAACACUGGUAUAAUCUAGAAGAAAUUUACUCUUGUUGCGGAUGUAAUUGCAAACCAUGAAUAAGAACUUCCAAGGAAGAAAGUUCCAACAGAUUCA